GUGUGACAAUAUCCAACCUCCUUAACACGAAAAUCUCACCCCUGGGGGUGCCUAACUUCCUUAAACGUGGCAGACUUGCCACAUUCUUCUGCCACGUUACGGCUCCACCCCACAUAACGGCUCUGUUCUCUCUUUUCUUUCUGUCACUUUUUCUGCAAUUUUCAUAUUUUGUUUCUCUCUUUUUCCUCUCUGCAAUCUUUGAGAAUAUUCUUUUUAUUAAUUUUUGACAUGGGUUCUUGAUUUUGAUCAACUUCAUUGGACCAUUUAAGUGAAGGUUUUUGUUUAGCACAGAUUUAUUGAAUUUUAAUUUGAUGGAAGUACCAGUAGGGUUCUUGGCCAAGCUUUGUAGCUUUAUAUCUUUUCUUCCUUUCUUCUUCUUGCUCUUCCUCCUUGGCCUUCUCAAAGGAUUAGUAAUUGGCCCCAUUGUGACAGUCAUCAUAUCAGUUGGGAAUUCAGCAGUUGUAAUUGGGCUAUGGCCUGCACAUAUUAUCUGGACCUACUACUGUGUAGCAAAAAGCAAAAGGCUUGGAUGGGUUUUGAAGAUUGCACUACUGGUUUCAUUGCCAGUUCCUCUGAUUCUUUGGCCCAUAGUAGCCAUUAUUGGGAGUCUUCUAGGUGGGAUAGGGUAUGGUUUUUUCGCUCCUUUGAUUGCAACUUUUGAGGCUAUUGGAGAGAGUGUCACUUGUAAGAUUUAUCACUGCUUCACGGACGGCUGUAUUUCCACUCUUAAAGGGAGCUGCACAGUAGUUCGGGACUUUACAGACUUUUGCUUCCACUCUUACUUUUCUUAUAUGGACGAGCUUUCUGCGGAAAUACAUCCAGAUGAGAAACCAAUAGAAGUGAAGUUGUCAAAGCUGCCAAGUUGCAUUUUGGUUUCUCUGCUUGCGAUUCCAGUGGAUGUGCCCCUUAUUACAGCUCUUGCUCUUUGGAAGAGCCCAUUCAUGCUGUUCAGGGGCUGGAAGAGGCUACUAGAAGACUUAAUUGGCAGGGAAGGCCCAUUUCUGGAGACAGUUUGUGUACCUUUUGCUGGCCUUGCAAUCUUUUUGUGGCCUUUAGCUGUUGUUGGAUCCGUGGUAGCAUCCUUCUUUUCAAGUUUUGCUCUUGCACUUUACAGUGGGGUUGUGGUUCAUCAGGAAGACUCGUUUCACAUGGGACUUGCAUACAUCCUAGCAGCCGUUUCCAUAUUUGACGAAUACACAAACGACAUACUUGACAUGAGGGAAGGGUCAUGCUUCAUGAGGCCUAAAUAUAGAAGAAAUAUGAGCUCCUCUGGAGGCCUUGACAGUAAGAAGUCAAUUGAGCAGAGGAAUGAAAAAGAAAAAGGAAGAUCACACAGCUUGAAGCUUGUUUCACAUGGAUCAAGAACCCUGAAACAGGCAAUCCAACAAUAUACGCCCAUGCAGGUAUGGGGUUGGCUCUUUAAAUCCUGUGAGGUCAAUGGCAGAAUACUCCUACGUGAAGGCUUUAUAGAUGUCAAAGAUAUUGAGGAAUGUAUUGUCAAGGGGGACUGUAAGAAGCUAGGCAUCAAAUUGCCUGCUUGGUCCAUUCUACAGUGUCUGCUUGUAUCUGCAAAAUCCGACUCUCAGGGCCUACUAAUUUCUGAUGAAGUGGAACUGACAAAGUCUAACUGGCCAAAGGAUAAAGUGUUUGAGUGGUUCCUUGCGCCGCUCUUAGUCAUGAAGGAGCAAAUAAAAAAACUACAAUUGGGAGAAGAUGAGGAAAUUAGCCUGAGGAAGUUGAUAAUGUGUUACAAAAAUGAAAGGCCAGAGGAAUGGGAUAACACGGGAUUUCCAUCCACUGAUACUGUGAGGAGAGCACAACUGCAAGCUUUAAUUAGGAGGUUGCAGGGCAUUGUUGGUUCAUUUUCUCGGGUACCGACAUUCAGAAGACGCUUCAAGAAUUUGGUAAAGGUAUUGUAUUUGGAAGCAAUCCAGAUUGGUCUUAUUGCCGACACUGAUGGUGGAAGCUCAAAAGCUGGAAAUAGAAAUAGGCAUCAACGUGUAAAGGGGGAUAAGAAAAAUACAGAUGAUGAGGGAGAGCAAAACGAGCAAAGCAGCGGAGAUGGUGAUAGUAUUGUGUGACCAUUCUGUAGGAAAUGGGUGCUCCCCCAAGGGUCCCAAUAGGCAUCGCAGAAAGCAAGUAACUCGAAAAAUGAAUCAGAGGAAAGGAGGAUCCCUUGAUUUGGAUCAUUUUUCAGGUACUUCAAAACUCUAGUAGCAGCUAAUAAAUGUGAUUUUUAUGGUAGUGGCAUGUAUUGAUUAAGACUCAGAACUGCAAAACUUAGGUCAGGUCUAGUAUAGGUCAAAUAGUUGAGUUUUCUCACUAGGUGUCUAUAUAAAGUGGGGUUGGAUAUCAAAGGACCAUCAUGUGCAUUUAGUUUGGAAUAGGGGCCAAGAGGAGAGGAAACUAUAGCACCUGAACAAUCAAAUUCUUGUAAAAGAUCCAAAGAGAACUUUCUCUGAUUUAUGAUAAACCCAUGUUUUUCCUUAAGAUUUUCAUACCUAGAAAAUAAUGAAUAUCAUCCAAAUGUUUUACCUUGAAUAUCGUGUGUAGAAAUUCAGUGAUGUGUUGUAUUUCAACAAGAUCAUUGCCUGUAAUAAAGAUGCCAUCCACAUAGCCUGCUAUGAUGGAGAUAGGAUUGUCAUUUUGCUUGAAAAAUAGUUAGUAAUCAUUAAGGGAUCGUUUGGUGUGAGGGAUAAAAAUAAAUAGUCCUGGGAUAAAAUUUUGGUAUCUUGUUUUGUUGUCAAGUUUGAGAUAAAUUAUUCCACCAUUUAUACCAUAGUGAUGGGAUAAGUUAUCACAUAUACAUGAUGGGAUAACUUAUCUAGAAUAACUAAUCCCAGAAUAAUUAAUCAUGGAAUAACGUGUUUCCAACCAAAUGACUCCUAAGAGAAUUAGAAUACCCUUUAAAAGCUAAAGCUCCAGCUAAUUUAGCAUACCAUUGUCUAAAUGCUUGUUUUAAUUCAUACAAUGACUUCUUCAAUAAACAAACCAAUUUAGGAUUAGGACAGUCUAUACGUGUAGAAAACUUCAUGUAAAUCUCUUCCUGCACGUCCCAUGUAGAAAGGCAUUGCUUACAUCAAGUUGAUGUACUUUCCUUUCCAUCCUUUCUUCACAGCAACAAUUAAGAGAUAUCUGAUUGUGGUCAUUAUGACCACUGGAAAAAUGUCUAAGUAUAAUCCACACCAACCUACUCGACAUCCCCCCCCCCCUCAAUACUAACCUUGACUUUAACCUUUCUAUUGUUCCAUCUGAUCUAUGUUUGACCUUGUAAACCUAUUUACAAGGUAAUGGUUUCUUGCCCGGGGAUAAUUCAACAAUAUCCCAAGUAUGAUUGACUUUGAGAGCAUCCAACUCUUUUUGCUUAGUUUUACUCCAUCUUGGAUGUUAAGAAGCUUGUGCAAAAGAGUUUGGUUCAGUAAUAGUGGAUAGAGAAAUGAAAACUUGUUGGUUAUGUAGUGAUAGAGACCCAAAGGAAAAAGCAGUACGAGGAUUGGGGUGAAUGAAACAUGCAUUAGUUAGAUCAAUCAAAAUGACAUGGUUGCAGAUAUGGUCAUCCAGAUAUGCUGGUCUUUGACUAACUCUACCUUAUGUUCUAGUAAUGGCUUCAUUUUGUGGGAUGUUAGACAAAGUGGGAGUAGGAAUAUGAAUUGGAGUAUUUUAAAUUGGAGUGGAAUUGAUAGUUGUGUCAUCAGUGUGAUGCGUGGUUUGAGAGUGUUGAUCAAUAGAACAUGAUGUACUUUCAGUGGGUGGAGUGUGUUGUAGAGUAGUGAAUCGAUCAACAAUAGGUAAAGUAGGACAAGGAAAUAAACUAAGUUGAUGUGAGUCUGAAUUUGAUCGAGUGGGUUGUGGUACAGAAGAAAUGGUACAUAGAGAUUCAAACUAGAUGCAAAAGGGAAUUGUUGUUUAAAGAAUUGAACAUCUCUAGAAACAAAAACCCUUUUGGUGGAUAAAUUCAUUACUUUGUACCUUUUUGUCCUUGUGGAUACCCCAAGAAAACACAAGCUACUGCCCUAGGAUCAAAUGUGUUCUGUGUUGUGCUAAAGUUGAGGCAUAUCACAAACAACCAAAACACCUCAAGUUGUCAUACUUUGGUUUAAUCCCAAACAAGACCUCAUAUGGUGUCCUUCCUUUCAACACUCUAGAAAGAAACCUAUUGAUAAGAUGUGUUGCAGUCAACAUACACUCUGCCCAAAAGGUCCUAUGUAAGGGAGAUUGAAACAUCAAAUCCCUGGCAAUUUUCUUGAGGUGUCUUUGUUUUCUUUCAACUACAUCAUUCUAUUGUGGAGUCCCUACACACGAUGUUCGUUGUAUUAUUCCUUGAGAUUUGAGACAAAAGGGCUUCAUGUGUUCCUUUACCCAAUUCUAAGGCAUUAGCAUACCUUAUAACCUUUAACUUAGCAUUAAAUUGCCUUUCAACCAUGAUCAAGAAAUCCUUUAGAAUAGGAAAAGCAUUACACUUAGAACUCAAUAAGAAGGUCCAAGUUUCCCUACUGGAAUCAUCUUUUACAGUAAGAAAGUAUUUGUAUCCAUUGUGAGUACAGAGCUUAUAUGGUUCCCAUGUGUCAAUAUGAAUUAGAUCAAAGUUUCUUUUAGACUGGAUUUGACUUAGGGGGAAGGAUAAUCUAGUCUGCCUGGCUUUAGGACACACACCACAAAUAUGUUGGAAAUUUAAAGGAAACUUGAUAAAAAGAAACUUUUUCAUUACUGAAUAAGGGACAUGUCCCAAUCUUACAUGCCAUAGAUUUAGACAAAGAACUACAUUUGCUGAAACUGGAAAAGAAAAUGACAUAGACUGAGGAAUGGAAUUGCUUCCUUCUUGAUAUGAAACUACACUGUCAUAUGAAAUAGACUUAGACUUAGGACUAGGCUGCAACAAGACAUGGAAAUCAUAGAGACCAACUCUAUGACCACUAACAUACCUAUAAACUUCAUGACUGAGGAAAAGGAUGCUAACAAAUCAGACGAUGAGUUGGCCAAAGGCAAAGCCAACAAAGAAGAAUACACUGAACUCAAGGGACACUACUUGAUAGCCCAGGAAGUAGUCAUCUCACAACGCAAUCUAUCCCCCAGAAAUUCCCAGAAUUCAGGAGGUCAAUUUAAUUUUGAAAAUGCUCCAGAGGCUAACUCAAUGAUACAAAUUGGCCCCACCUCUAAUUUCUCCAAUGUUUUAACAUCCUAUCCUGAAAUAUAAGGGGUAUUAGGUCCGCAGGAUCUACUGAAAGACUUCAAACUCUGAAGCAACAAUUUUGCCUCCCUCUGAUAUGCUUACAAGAGCCUAUGGUGGAUAGUAGUAAGAUGGAAACUUUUAAGAGGAAACUUGGGAGCACUAUGUCUUCUUCAACUGUACCAACAAGAUUUGGAUUUUUUUUGUCCAAUGAAGUGGCUAUUAACAUCACUCAAUACAAAGAACAUGUACUUAUCAAACUCUCUCACUCAAAUGACCUCACAGUCCUCUUAACUGUGGUAUAUGCCAAGUGCUCUAAAGAUCUCAGAAUGGAGCUAUGGGAUGAUUUGAGGGACACUGCAAACACUAUUAGGGUCAUUGGAGACUUCAAUGUUAUCUCUUCUAGUGAUGAAAAACAGGGUGGUAUAAGUCAUAAAAUGGAAAACAAUUUGGAUUUUCUGGAUUGCUUACAUGAUUGUGGACUUCAAGAUGCAGGAUUUAGUGGUUCAAUUUUCACUUGGUGUGAUAAUAGGGAUCCACCUAAUACUAUUUGGCAAAGGCUUGACAGACUAGUGUAUAAUGAUUCUUGGUUUGAUAACUAUAA